AUGUCAAGCUCAGGCUUCUCAUACGCACAAGCUGCCAGAGGCUUGACCCCAACCUCGAACCUGUCUUCGAACCCAACAAGUUCCGCCUCAUCAGAGCAUGGCGCUAAGGACCCAAUCACAGCUGCAGACCCGACCGCUAUACAGAGCAGACAAGGAAGAAAUAUCACGAAAAUGGAGAGGGAAUCAUUCUCUACGCAGAGAUCAUCUCAGAAUAUUACAAAUGGAGAUGGAGACGCAGGAGUGGAGAAAACAAGUCAGUCAGCUGAAGUCGAGGCUCGCAUGGACAAGACGCACCAGACGUCGGGCCCAGACGAUAUCACCUUAUCCUCCAAAUCCUCGGAACCUGUAGCACCUACUCAGGCUUCUGAAGCCGACGAGCUUGAGCACAAGGACCAACAAUCGUCAGAAGGAGCAGAUUCACAUGAAAGAGGCAAAGAGGUGGACGACGAUUGGGAGCAGGUAUCCAUGCCCUCCGUCGCAGCUGAGAAGGCUGAGAAAGAACUCAAGCCCGCUCCUGUACCUACUGUCAACUUCUGGCAGCAGCGCAGUCUGGCCCUUCAAGCCAAGGCAAAAGACCAGACUAUACACAAACAACCUGUGCCUGUUACUUCGCAGCCUAGCAAGCCGAGGUCGCAAGCCCAGCCAGUUGAAGAGUCGAAGAAGAAAUCUGCUACUCGCGAAGCAGCCACUACUGAUACAGUCAACGGAAUUGACGCAACAAGAGGAAAUUCGACUACCAGGAAGUCACGAGAUCAAACCAGCAGUAAUAGCUCUCCUAAACCUGCUCCACAACGAGACGAAAAGCCUGCCGUUCGACAUAUGCCGCCGGUUGAUACUGCAUCCUGGCCCACUCCCGAAAGCUCGAAUGUGGAUAUGGGUCGGCGAAGCUCUGCUGUGGAUAAAGUAGAGAAGAACGAUGUAGCAGACACCAAGACCGCAACUCGCAAGAACCAAUGGACAGCACUCCCCUUUGUUCCGUCUGUCAAAUUCGAGACUCAGAUACCGAGUGGCAGAAGGGGAGGACGCCCAGCUACUCGUGGCCGUGGUGGCUCAACCACUCAAGGCGAACGUCCUGCCGACAAAUCUGAAUUGAGUAGUAUGGGUCCUCCACCACUACCGAAGACAAUCUCCGAUCAAGAUAGAGGUCGAACAAGCAGCGGAAUUCGUCCCAAUCAUGCUGGUGCCGCAAGUACAGAGCAUCGAAGUCCCGAAGCCUUCGAUUCUCAGCAGUCCGCCACUCCCGUCAACUCUGCUACAGAUUCAAUGACUGCUUCUGGUAUCUUGUCCACCGAACGCACUGUGGGUACAGAUACUCCUUCCACGCAUGAUCCCUCUAGACCAUCGUCGCGCAAUGCACCAGAAAAGGCUCAGAGACAGAAUGUCGACUCGAAUAGGUAUCAAUCAGUUGACUCUCGAGGGAGUCCAAAUCGACCUCCACGACAGAGUGAUGACAUGAAGGGUGUCGGCGAAAUAUCUGAUCAAAUCUCGAUUGUGACUGGCGAGAGGACACAAGCCAAAGAAUGGCAGAAAGAUCGUGGCAGUAAUGCUCAGAAAAGUGAUAACUGGCGGGCGGAGAAACGUGGUGAGCGAGCUGAAAGAGGGCGAGGGGUCUAUCGCGGUCGUGGAAACCAUGCCAACUUUAACAAUCCUGCCUUCAGUACGCCCCUGCCUCAGAAUGGCUUCGAGAAACAAGGACCUCCAUCGGCUCGAAGUUCUCAGGGAGCACCAUAUGGCUCCCCAUAUAGUUCCACCCGUGGCAACGGACGGACUCAAUCGAUACCACUGUAUAUGCUUGGCAACGGUUUCUAUCAACCAACGCCAGGUUUCCCCCAGAACCUGCCUCCAAUUCAAACGGACAUGGCAAUCAAUUACGGGCAGAUGACGACGGGUAUGCCCAGCACAACCAUGAGUGCGAUGCCAUAUGGUGAUCCACUUGGCGGAUAUGCCCUGAUCUCUAUGGUUAUUACGCAGUUGGAAUACUAUUUCUCUUUGGACAACCUGUGCAAAGAUAUGUUCUUGAGAAAGAACAUGGAUUCCCAGGGUUAUGUGCCUCUUCGAGUGCUGGGCGAAUUUCGACGCAUUAAAUCUCUGCUUGGAGAAAGCACUUCAUCGCACGAGCACUUGCGACAUAUGGCGCAGCAAUGCCGUAACACCGAAUACGUCAUAGGUGAGGACGGUGAAGAUCGGUUGAGAAGUCGAGAAAAUUGGCGAGAUUUUGUCCUGCCGAUGAGCGAACGACUGCCUCAAGCACAGGACGAUGGACCCAAGAUCAAACCUAACCAUCCUCGUUAUUCCACCGGUAUGGUACCUGAUUUUCAGAUGAGCAAUGGCUUGCGAAGCGCACCUCCCAACGUCAACGGCUUCCACGAUGCCCUACCGAGCUCCACAAACGCCACGCCAUUCCAACCUGGAUCUAUCACAGAGCCUCAGUCGACCGAACAAUGGGCUUCCAGAGUCGAGAGUGCUCGACACGAUGUUGAGCGCCGAGAGUCGACAACGUCUCCUCUGAGUAAAGUGCAAUCGCCCAGCCAAGAUUCAAGGAGUGUCUUCGCCAACCUGACGAAUGGACACAGAGACUCAGUGUCGAGCAGUUCUACCGCAAAAGAAAAUACAUUCCCGGACGAAGAAGUCUUGAAGCUGAAAGUCGUGGUCAAGGACCCAGACUUCCAAGGUGAGGAUAAUAUCGCAUCUGAUGAGCCAUUGCCAAUUCGUGGUUCUGGACUUCGAGGUGGAGCUGGCAGCCCCGAGAAUUUUGACCGACUUCGAAACGUGCAAUUCGGUCAGAGUGGACCUGGUAGUAAAGGCAACCAGCACACCAUCUAUUUCACGCAGGGUGAAGCUCCGUCUCAUUAUGUACGAGCUGGAUAUAUUCACGAGGAUUACGUGAGCUUGCGAGAACAAGCCCUCAAUCAGCGAGCUGAAGGUCAUUUUGGCGGAGCAUGCGCCCCACUCUAUCCUCUCUGGGCUGAAUUCCUGACUGUUCCGAACCAAUUCAACGUGGGCAUGUAUGAAGACUUCAAGACUUGGGCCAUCGAAGAUCAGGAGAAAGGGAACGACAAUGGCAAGAGAUACCUUGUCAGAUUCUAUGACGCUAUGCUCAGUAGUAGAAAUGCCAUGACGGAACGUCUAGCUACUGACAUUGUUGAGAUUGCUCGACAAGAAUCUGGCGGCAAUCGACCAACCUGGCUCAAACUUCGUGCUGCAUGGAGAAACGGGGCUACCAAUAUGAAGACCAGGAAACGACUUACUGACCUCCUUUCCGCGGAGGAGCAAGCUGAGCUAGAAAGAGGAGCCGCCUGA